AAAGGAUGAUAGAUAUUGAAGAUGAAGAUAAAGAGGUUGAAGAUAACAAAUCAAAUGAAUCAAUAAAUCUUCCUAAUAAUGAAAUUAGCAGCUUAAGUCAUUCAAUUUCAGUUGGUAAUGCAGCUCUAGAAAUAGCAC